AUGUAUCUUAGCCGCAUUAAGGGAUUUCGCCGUUUCAGUGUCUCCACCCUCGUAUUUGUUGCUGUAGAGGAUACGUAUACAUCGCAGAUCCACCAGCCAGUACAGAGCAAAAUGGAACCUCUCCUAGCUGCACAUGAAAUUGGUGAAGGGCUUCCUGUUCUGAUCAUCCAUGGAUGGCAGAUGGAGGGAAAAGUCGAGGAGCUAGAUUUCGAGCCGAUUUUGAGUCAAACUCAGGGAGUCCGCCGAAUUUACGUCGACCUUCCUGGCAUGGGCAGCACCCCUGCGAACAAUGUCAGAGAUCUGGAUGAGAUAUACCGUCGCUUGGUGCAAUUCAUAGAUUCUCGCAUUGGGAACUCGGGAUUCCUAGUUGCCGGCUCAUCAUGUGGUGGCUACCUUGCACGUGCCAUAGCUCAGAAAUAUCGCGAGCAAGUCGACGGUUUACUACUACGCGUACCACUCAUUGAGCCGGAAGAUAGCAAGCGUGAUCUCGAUGCUUUCAAGCCUCUGAUUACGAAUGAGCAACUCAUAUCGAACAUGCCAGCCGAAGACAGGACACUUCUUGGAAAUGUUCUCAUCCAAACACCUGCUUACAUAAAGGCUCUAAAGGCCAAGUACGAGGAGGUUAUCGUUCCAGCAGAGAGAGCAGCAGACCAAACGGUGUUAGAUCCGAUCCGAGCAGAUCCACAACGAUAUCAGUUAUCUAUUCGUUUAGAUGAUGAAAUUGCCAAGUUCUCAGCGCCCACACUGAUUGUAUGUGGUCGGCAAGACGGUGUGGUGGGCUAUCGUGACUGCCUGCGCUUGCUGGAGCUCUAUCCACGAUCAACCUUUGCUGUUCUAGACCGUGGUACGCAUGGCCUUCCUGUUGACGGGACUGAGAAGAGCGUUUUCGCGGCUCUUGUUCAUGAUUGGAUAGUCCGGGUUAAUGAAUGGCGAGCUGCACGGACAGAUACCAGCUCUAGCGCCUAA